AUGGCGGACGAAUUGUAUCAAGAUGCUGCAUCUCUGAGCACGAAUUGCGUGUUUCCAACGCGCUUGACGUGGGAUCAACGACGUCAAUUAGCUCUAGAUAUCUCUAACCUGACACCACCUGAUCUGUCGGGUGUUUUAUUACUUCUUCGUAAUUCUAUGAAUGUAUUCGAGAUGCAAGAGGUUUUACCAUAUAAAGAGAAUGAAUUAAUACCAUGGAAUAUGCAACAUCAGCAACAACAACAGGAGAAGGACAAUGGAUUCAUCGUACCAAAUAAAGAGUAUUGUACACCUACAAUUCAAGUACAAUGUCGUUUUCGAUUAGAUGAUGCGGAUGAUCAACUCUUGGGUCAAUUACGGCAAUACGUCGAUGAUUGCUACAUUCCACAUUUUGUACCAAAAGAAAAUUGCACCAUAUGUGAAGGUCUGUGGUCCUGUGGGUGUGUGAUUUUUUGUGGUAAUGAUGCGUGUCCUGUACGAAUUCAUGAAGAAUGUUUCGGUGUGAUUAUGAGAGAACGUCAAGAUGGACCAUGGCGCUGUCCUUCCUGUUUACUUGGUAAACAACUUGCAUGUGCUAUAUGUAUGCAGUAUGGUGGACCACUAAAGCCUUUGGCGAUUUCAGAAACUUCAUCGAGUGAGGAACAAAAGUGGGUUCAUGUACUGUGUGCACUUGCUAUCCCGGAACUUGUGAUGAGAGAUGUACCUAGUAUGGAACCCGUGGAUGGAUUUGAAGAGAUUGAUAAUGGAAGGUUUCGGUAUUUGUGCGCUAUUUGUCGUAAAAGAGGUGGUGCCUCGGUCAUUUGCGAGGCGGAUAACUGUAAUGUAGGAGUUCAUCCACAGUGUGCAGCCGACGCUGGACUCAUGAUUGGCAAUGAAGGCAACUUGCUUGGUGUGUAUUGUGACAAGCAUUUGCCUGCAUCGCGCAUUCCGGGGGCCAAGCGCUGGAUUAGCGAUGAGGACCUGGUGGAAGAAAUUAUGAGCGAGUACUCUAUUGACGACGACGUUAACAAUGACGAAGUAGACACGCCACCGUAUAGUGAUGCCGAGCGCUAUGCUUUUGUACUUCAAUCGACUCCGUAUCUGCACUACAAGCACCAAUUGCUUGGCGCUAAAGCAACGCUUCGAAUUGGACCAGGGCUUUUUCCAACGACUUCUUCUACUCGAUGUGAUAUUGAUCGCAAGACAUUUGCGGGCACCAAGAUUACUGCAAACGCUUACACUCCACCUGCUAUGGUUGUUCAGGGUAUGAACACGCAAAGGCCAGCUGUUUUUCCUCCGCCAGUUCUAUCUUCGAGCAAGAAGCGACUGGGUCUUCCCGAGUUUCCGAAGGGAAGACAUGCGGUUGGAGCUAUAGUAGAUUAUUUGGUCAAGGCGCAGGAUAAGUGGCAACGAGCGCGUGUGUUGCAAUGGGACAAGGAGAAAAAGAUGCAUCUCGUGCAAAUUGUGGCAUCCGGGCAAAAAGUGUGGGGCAAGCUGGAUGCGGACAACACGUUGAUAUUGUAUCUUCCGGGCGAAGAGAACAUGGUGGAUGGCCCAACGGUGAAGCUUAUUCGUCCAGUGACCCAGGGCGCCGUGCAGUGGCGUCCAAGACCGCGUCAGUUUGCAGGAGCAUCAUGA